CUGGGUGUACGUAUACGAGUAUCCGUAUCUGUGUAUUACCAGUUGUUGGUACUCGUGACGAGCUCGUACGAUUAAUCGAACAGGCGACGCUGCCACAUGCACGCGACGAUUGAUUACAGCAAUAAAACGUCUAUCGCAUCGAUUGAUUUAAAAAUAUAAACCCACACACACACAGAUACAUACAUGAGCAGAGCCAUCCCAAAUGAUCGGCAAUUGGGCUGCACGGCAGCAAUUAACCGGGCAUCUGUAUCGGAGUAUCUGUGCGAGCGGCGAGUAUCUGUGUGUUAGUGGCGAGUAUCUGCGAGUCUGGCAAACAUAAAUAGGCACAAGUGGCCGGCCCCAAAAGUGCAGCAAUGGCAACAGCACCAACAAUAACAACAACAAUAACAACAACACCCAGCGUACGUCGCCCCCGAUGGGUUCUUACUCAUUCACGCAUUGGGUAAUCGAUACACUCGCAGACACACAUGGAGAAACGCUGCUCAGCCGCCGCCAAAUGAAACCAUUAAGCGCUACAUAAAACAGUCGUCGUCGGGGGAUGUCGUGGGUUAAGGGGCUACGCAGGGGUACGGUGGUGCUGGGGCGACGCUGGAAACAUUGCAACCAGAAGCUACGAUCGCCAGUGCCGCCAAAGUGGCGACAAUGCCACACCAAGAGAAAUGGUGCAACUUUGGCUCCAAACUCCGGCGCAGACAGACAAGGCAAACAAUCAGAGAGCCAGGCAGCAACGGCAACAGCAACAGCAACAACACAACACGGCGACGUGAUCAUGUCUGGCCCGUUCAGCCGUUCAACCGUUCAGCAAAUGUUGGCGACGUCGUCGCCGUUCGGCGGCUCCAACUUUGUUAUUAUUACCGCUCGUGCACAUGCCCACAACUGCCCACGAUUCGAUGAUGUUGCCGCCGUCCGCAGAGCAAACAGAGUACUUGAUAUUCGGAAGUACCCCGGAUUCCCAGUUUUGUGUACACUAGACGAGAGUGGAUGCCUCUGGCGGCUGCUGUUGCUCCGGCUGAUUGGGAAUCGCCAGUUUGGCGACUGGGCUCGCACAGCUACGGAUACAGAUAGAGAUACUCACUGGCAGCGGCCAGAGAUACAGAUACAGCUACAGCCACAGAUACAGAUACUUUUGUACACAUUCUUCGGCACGACGCUUGUCGACGUACUUGUAGCGUCUAUAAAAUCGCUUUAUAUUAAGCACCGAGAGCAGUAAAUAAAACGCAAAACGCGGCGAUCGCAGACGAACGACGCCAACGAAAAUAUGCCUUGGAAUGUUCAGAUCUCCGAGACUCUCUGAUUGUCGCCCAUACGCAUAUGUAUCUCGAAAUCUGCAUCUAAAUCGGAUUUUCUUGACUGUAACUGCAUGGGCUUUUGGGCUUGUUUGCCAUUCCUUUUGUUGGCCACAUCAUGGCCGCAUAUUUGCAUACGCCAGCAGCUGUUUACAGUUUCACAUGUCAGCUAAUUGAAUCGGUUUAGCUAUGCUUUUGCUACUUUUCAACUGGCCCAGACAUCAGCGAGACAGCUUAAUCACUUGCGUCAAUGGAUUUGCUGGCUGCUUACCUGGCCGGAACGAAAACGUAAGAACAAAACUGAAAUAGUGCUAGAACAGACGGAUUGGCAUCAUUAUGCGGGGCAGUAGAAUUUCCCGGGUAAAACCCAUAAAAUCAUCAAUAGACCCUCACAGCGAAGGGAUAUAAUCAGGGCUUGCAUGGCCAAUGGCCACUUGACUUGACGUACUUAAGCCCGGCGCUAGGCCAACAGCCAAAGGUCCUAAAUCCUCGACAGGUCAGACUUUAAGGCUCGAUGCCAUUAAAAUUGCCAUGGCAGCAUAUUCAAAUUACACCCAUCUAGAGAUUUUUGGGUUGAGCAGGUAGGUUUGGAUGGCCUAGGACACUUCUGGUGAAAAUCCUUGCCGGGUUUCCUUUUUCACACAAAUGUAUCUUUGAUGUUGUAAAUGGGAUUUAAUUGUUAAGAUGCUGUUAA